AUGGACAUGGAUCAGAAGCCAUUUGUUGACUAUGGCAGCUAUUGCUAUCCUACCGCUGCCACAGCUCAGGAUUUCACUGCAAGAUCACAAGUUUCACCGUAUUUCUAUAAUUUCUCUACAAGUACCGCUUCAUCGAUGUAUUCGCAGCAGCCGACGCAUUUCAUGUAUCCACAAGCGGCUGCAAGUUCACCGGAAGAUCAAAUGACGACAAAAAUUAUCGAAGGUGGUGAGGUGAAAAUUAACGGGAAAGGGAAGAAAGUACGAAAACCGAGGACAAUUUACUCUAGUCAACAGUUGCAAACUCUUCAAAAGCGAUUCACUAAGACGCAAUACUUAGCACUGCCCGAUCGGGCCUCCUUAGCAGCCGAAUUGGGCCUUACCCAAACUCAGGUAAAUAUUCCAUAUAAUCCUGUUUUCCUCCUAAACAUUCUCCUGAAUUCUCUGCCCAAUUCGAACUUUUCUGCUCUAAUUUCUAUUGUCACAUUCAAUCUCAUUCAUAUGCACAUUAUUGAAUUUAUUUACUGCUCGGCUACCGUAAUCCCGUAA